UCUGUCCCCUCUUCUUAUCUUUUCUUCUUUUCUCUCUAACCUCCUUUUACUUUCCUUUUAUCUUCUUCUUCUGUCUUUUCCAGCUUUUAUUUUCCUUAAGAUCUCGGAAACCUAAAAAAAAAAAGAAAAGAAAGAGGAAUCUAGGGGUUUAUGAGUAAGAAGAAGAGGUGGUUCUGAUGAUAAGAUCGUCUUCUUCUUCUUCGCUAUGGGAGGAGUAACUUCAUCAAUCGCCGCUAAAUUCGCUUUCUUCCCGCCAACCCCACCUUCUUACGCUUUCAUUACCGACGUUAGCUCCUCCUCCUCCGUUGACCGACUGUACAUCACCGAUGUUCCUCGCCGCGACGACGUUGACGUCCUCAAGCUACGCACUCGUCGUGGCAACGAGAUCGUUGCUAUAUACGUCAAACACCCCAAAGCUAACGCUACGCUUCUCUAUUCCCAUGGCAACGCCGCUGAUUUGGGUCAGAUGUUUGAGCUUUUCCUCGAGCUUAGCACCCGCCUCCGUCUUAAUCUCAUGGGGUAUGAUUACUCUGGCUAUGGUCAGUCUACUGGAAAGGCAAGCGAAUGUAACACAUAUGCUGAUAUAGAUGCAUCGUAUAACUGCCUGAAAGAACAAUAUGGUGUAAAAGACGAUCAACUGAUAUUAUAUGGUCAGUCUGUUGGUAGUGGACCCACGAUUGAUUUGGCUUCGCGGACGCCUAAUUUAAGAGGAGUGGUUUUGCAUAGCCCUAUUCUCUCUGGGAUGAGGGUUCUGUACCCGGUUAAACGAACUUAUUGGUUUGACAUUUACAAGAAUAUCGACAAGAUCGGUUCUGUUACCUGUCCUGUCUUAGUCAUCCAUGGAACUGCGGAUGAAGUAGUUGAUUGGUCCCAUGGGAAACAACUUUGGGAACUUUCCAAAGAGAAGUAUGAACCUCUAUGGGUCUCUGGAGGAGGACACUGCAACCUUGAACUCUAUCCUGAGUUCAUCAAACAUCUGAAGAAGUUUGUAAUAUUUAUUUCUAAACCCAAGGGACCAAGAAACGGUCCAAACAACACGAAUCCAACAGAUGCAACCAAGGACCAGAGCAAGCCUUCAGAGAAUGGACGUGCUGACACGUUUCAACUCGGCUGCUGCCUUCCGGAAGUUUCCAGAAACAGUGUUGACAGUCAGCUUGAGAAAUCUAAGAAGACUAAUAAACCUGAGAAGUCUCGGAUGAGUGUUGAUAGGUUUAGAAGGAAAAAAGGUCUGGUCUGGUGACAUAAAACGGAUCUAAGCAACUAUCAAAAACAGGGUUAUUUGUUGUACCACUUGUUUCUGUAAUCUUAUCUAUUUUUGUUUCUGCAUAAGUUAUGAUGUGUGCGUGUUUUUUUCUAUCUCUCCGAUUUGUUGUAUGUAUUUUCCGACCGCCAUAUCAAACUCAAAAGUCAUAAAUUUGGUUACUUGGAGUGUUUAAAAAGCUGUGGUUACUGAUUAGUUUGUCAGCU